AAAAGAUAGUAGUACGAGGCUCAUCGGCUGCGGGCGUGUCUGACUCGGUUCGCACCUACUCACUGCGGCUUGGUGACGACCAGGUAUCAAAUCUGUUUCAGCGAAAAGCACUUUGAUCGCGAGUAAUUAUCAUUCACGUAUUUUGUUAGCUUCCAAUAGUCGAAAUAAUCUGGAAGGCAAUACAUAAGCUCUAAUGACACAUCUCGGCAAUUCUGCCACCCAUCUUCCUUUUUUGAACUUGCCCUCCCAAGUCCCCACAGCUAUAAGAGCUGGGAUGGAACUCGCCACCGACUCGUGUGCUCCGCUGCCAUGCCCUCUCGACACAUUAUGACGCUGCUUGCCCCUGCUUGGGGACACACUCUGCCCUACAUCCACCUGAGCACGCGCAUGCUGGCGCAAGAUCCCGAGCUGGGCGUCACCAUCGUGCAGCACAAUCUGAUCCUGCCUAAGUUGCUGAAGGAGCUCAGCGCGUGCGCGUACGACAAGGAUCGUCUGAGGAUCAAGGCUGUCGGCGUUAAAGAGGUCAAGUUCUCGCCCGAGGUCGUCGAAGAGGCGAAUAAGCAGCUCGCAGAGGGUUGGCUCGACUUUCUUACCGAAGCGGUUGGAGCUGCACAGCCGUUGGCGUGGCCGAAACCUCACACGGUGCACAUGGAUUUCUUUGUCGGUGGCUUCGUCAUCAACCCGACAAAGGCGAUCUUAGGGCCCGCCACCAAAGUCGUGCUCUGGUGCUCCGCGGGAGUAACGAUCUGCCCCGACCACUUCGGCGAAUACAAUUUCGGGAAAAUCGCGCGCGAGAUAUUUGCCGACGAGGAGCGACGCGCAGGGCGCUCACUGGAGGAGAUCCUCGGCGACGUGGUCGUGGCCUGGAACGGGAGCGACAAGCUCGAUGGGCGGGUCGUGGACCUCGUGGGUGCGCUCCAGAUAUACGACUACGAACGGAACGCGCAGGGUGCCGGAGGGCCGCGACAAAUCGCGCCCGUUUGGGCGGCUGCGCAGGAGCUGGCUGCGGUUGCUGACGCACUGCUUUGUCCGGCCAGCAGCGCAUUGGAGCCCCUUGGCGCGCCUUACUGCCGGCAAUAUUACGAGAGUCGCGGCAAGGAACUGUUCUUGGUGGGCCCGCAGAUGAACGACACAGAAUGGGAGGUGUCAGUUGUGGGCACUGGCCCCGGUGAGCCCCGAGUCAAGGCCUUCUUAGAUGACUCGCUCGCGAAGUACGGCCCCAAGUCGGUGAUGUAUAUAUCAUUCGGAUCUCUGUUCUUCCCCGUUGCGACCCCCCAUCUCGUGGAGACAAUGAUCCAAGUGCUUCUGGAUCUCGAGCCUCCCCUUCCGUUCAUUUUGGUACUCGGGGGAGCCAUGGCCACGCUCCCUGAUGAAACGAUCGAUCGUGUUCAUUCGAGUGGGAGGGGAUUGGUGUGCGACUUCUGGGUCGACCAAAAGGCCAUCCUGAAGAGCGGAGCGGUGGGCUGGUUCUUGACACAUGGUGGCUACAACUCGCUGACCGAAUCAUUGAGUCAAGGGAUUCCACUCAUCUUUUGGCCGAUCGCCGGAGAGCAAGCAACCAAUGCUGCCAUGUUUUCAACCGGAUCCAAUCCCAUCGGCAUCGAGCUCUUUCAGACGACAUAGAUACGCACUGGGACUCAGCUCCGUCCUUCGCUCCGUCCUGACGCGCCAAAAAUCACGGGCACAGUGGAGGACGCGAGGGCAGAGUUCGAAAUGACGUUCCGAUCUCUAAAGGGUCCCAAGGCGGCAGCUCUUACGCGGAACGCGGCCCGGAUCGCGGAACUCUGGCGUGUGGAGAGGAUCGAUGGGGAACCUGCGCGAGAGAUUAACCGGUUGACAGCAUUCGGAGGCGGAGACGGAUAUGUAUCAGCGGGAAAAACCUUCAUUGCAUGAUGACUCUCCACCGGCUUUGGACGGGUCUCCUUGAGCCGGAACGCGGCUUAGAAAGCAAAUAUAAGAGUUCUGUUGUCAGCUUAAAUAUCAAAGUAAAUCAGUGGUGGAAAAAUCACACUCGCUACUACAAGACCAGUUGAAAGAAGGCUUCUAUCUUUAGAAUCAGCACCUCACAAACUGCCGCAAGUAUUGUAAGACGCUUAAAUCCAUUUCAACGGCCCACGGUACGUCAGCGACGCUGACAGAUUGCGGAGAAUUCGGGAGGCUGAAUCAGUCCCAGCUGUCUUCUUACCAGCUUCUUGCUGUUCUACCUGUCAACGCCUGAGGCUAAUUUACCGAGCAUAAAAACUGGGAUGGACGAAGUUAUCGUCUCACACAUCCGCCUAUGCCUCGCCGACACAUUCUGACGCUGCUCGCUCCGGCGUGGGGCCACACUCUGCCCUACAUCCAUCUGACGACACGCAUGCUGGCCCAGGAUCCGGAGCUCGUCAUCACCAUCGUGCAGCACAAUCUGAUUCGUGCGAUCAUUCGACGCCUCUGCGAGACAUGUCUGAUAGUUUAAUCCAGUGCCCAAGAUGCUGAAGGAGCUUGACGGCUGCACAUAUGAUCAGAGCAGGCUCAAGAUCGAGAGUGUUGGCGACAAAGAGUGGGUGUUUUUUU